GUGUGAAAAUGAAGUCCCAGGCAACCACGAUUUGCUGCUUACUGUUAUUUCUGGCCACAGAAUGUUCUCACUAUAGAUCCAAGAUCCACAUAAAAGAUGGAGAUAAAAUUCAACAUCCUGAAGGGAAACCCAAGACUGGAAGGAUACAAGAGAAAUGCCAUGGACCUUGCAUCACUUUUUCCAACUGCAGCCAGCCCUGUGCUCAGCACUUUCGUGGAGAAAUCGGAUUUAUAUGUAACCAAAACAAGUGGCAAAAAUCAACUGAAACAUGUACAAGCCUUUCUGUGGAAACACUCUUUGAGGACUCAAAUAGUGCAUCACGCCUUUCCGUAGCAGCAGCAUCCAUACCUCUGCACAUUCUUGACUUUCGAGCUCCAGAGCCCAUCGAGAGUGUAGCUCAAGGAAUCCUCAAGAACUGUCCUCUGGAUUAUGCCUGCAUAACUGAUGUCGUGAAAUCAUCAGAAGCCACAGCUGGGAAUAUUGCAUUUAUAGUGGAGUUGUUAAGAAAUAUUUCUACAGACUUGUCUGAUAACGUUACCAGAGAGAAAAUGAAGAGCUACAGCAAGGUAGCCAACCACGUCCUCGACACAGCAGCCAUUUCAAAUUGGACUUUCAUUCCUGACAAAAAUGCCAGCUCGGAUUUGUUGCAGUCAGUGAAUUCAUUUGCCAGGCAACUCCACAUCCGCAAUGAAUCUGAGAACAUAGUGGAUGAACUCUUCAUUCAGACGAAAGGGUUUCACAUCAACCACAAUACCUCAGAGAAAAGUUUCAAUUUCUUCAUGAGCAUAAACAAUUCAACGGAGGGUGUCUUAGGAAUGCUAGAAAUUCCCAGGCAAGAGCUGUGGAAGCUGCCACCAAAUGCAUCCCAAGCCAUCAGCAUCGCUUUUCCCACCUUGGGGGCUAUUCUGAAAGAAGCCCACUUGCACAAUGUGAGUCUUCCCAGGCCGGUAAAUGGUCUGGUCCUUUCGGUGAUUUUGCCAGAAAGAUUGAAGCAAAUCUUACUCACCUUUGAGAAGAUCAAUAAAUCCCGGAAUGCCAGGGCCCAGUGUGUUGGCUGGCACUCUAGGAAAAGGCGGUGGGAUGAGAAUGUGUGUGAAACGACGUUGGAUAUCAGGCACAAAGUGAAAUGCCGGUGUAACUACACCAAUGCUGUGAUGUCCUUUUCCAUUCUAAUGUCCCCCAAAUUUAUAGACAACAAAGUCCUGGACUACAUCACCUGUAUUGGCCUCAGCCUCUCCAUCCUUAGCUUGAUUCUUUGCCUGAUCAUUGAAGCCACUGUGUGGUCCCGGGUGGUCGCGACGGAGAUAUCAUACAUGCGUCACGUGUGCAUCGUGAACAUAGCUGUGUCGCUCCUGACUGCUAACGUGUGGUUCAUCAUAGCCUCUAACUUUAACAAAAAGGCCCAAGACUACAACUGGUGUGUCGCAGUGACAUUUUUGAGCCACUUUUUCUACCUCUCUCUGUUUUUCUGGAUGCUCUUUAAAGCACUGCUCAUCGUGUAUGGAAUAUUGGUCAUUUUCCGUAGGAUGAUGAAGUCCCACCUGAUGGUCAUUGGCUUUGCCAUUGGCUAUGGGUGCCCGUUGGUCAUUGCUGUCACCACAAUUGCUGUCACAGUGCCAGGGAAAGGCUAUGUGAGAUCUGAUGCCUGUUGGCUUAACUGGGACAAUACCAAAGCCCUUUUAGCAUUUGUCAUCCCAGCCUUGGUCAUUGUGGCUGUGAAUCUUGUUGUGGUUUUAGUUGUUGCUGUGAACACUCAGAGGCCCUCUAUUGGCAGUUCCAAGUCUCAAGAUGUGGCCAUAAUUAUGAGGAUCAGCAAAAAUGUUGCCAUUCUCACCCCAUUGCUGGGAUUGACCUGGGGUUUUGGAGUAGCCACCCUCAUAGAAGGCACUUCCUUGAUAUUCCAUAUAAUCUUUGCCCUGCUCAAUGCUUUUCAGGGGUUCUUCAUCUUGCUCUUUGGAACCAUUAUGGAUCACAAGAUAAGAGAUGCUUUGAGGAUGAAGAUGUCUUCACUGAAGGGGAGGUCAAGGGUAGCAGAGAAUGCAUCGUUAAGCCCAACCAAUAGAGCUAAAUUAAUGAAUCGGUGA